CUAUCUAAUAAAAUGAAAUUCAAUGGUGAAAAAAAUAAGGUUCUGCAUUUAGGCAAGAAGAACGAAAUGCCCAGGCACAGUAUAGGUGGUACCUUGCUCAACAGUAGUAAUUUGAGAGGGAUCUUGGAGUCCUAGUGGACCACCAUUUAAAUAGGAGCCAGCAGGCUGUAAAUUGCUCAAGUCUGUUCUAAACGAACCUCCUUAGGGGACUUUUCCUAUCUCCCCACUCUGGUGGAUUUGGAAGUUGUGACCGGGAAAAGAUGGUCUUUCAGGUAACCUGGUCCCAAGCCAUAUAGGCUUUGAAGGUGACAACCAGCAUCUUGAACUAGAUGCAGAAGCAAAUUAGCAGCUAAUACUACUCCCGCAGGAGGGAUAACACAUGAGGACAUUUAGGCCUUCAGAAAGCUACGUGUGCCGCUGCAUUUGAUCCAACUGAAGCUCUCAGGUGUGGCUAUCAACGUAAGUUUUUGGAGUGCAAGCUGUCCAAGUCGUUAAUCCAGCAGUUUACAAGAAAUAGCUUCCGCAAGAAACAUACUACAAAAUGAAUGAUCUUGCUAUCAAAAGAAUAACAAAUGAAAUUAUCAAGUCACCUGAAGAUAAACGAGAAUAUCGUGGAUUAGAACUGGCAAAUGGCAUCAAAGCAGUGCUUAUCAGUGAUCCCACUACUGACAAAUCUUCAGCUACCCUUGAUGUGCACAUAGGAUCGUUAUCUGAUCCCAUUAAUAUUCCUGGAUUAAGCCAUUUUUGUGAACAUAUGUUAUUUUUGGGAACUAAAAAAUUCCCAAAAGAAAAUGAGUACAGCCAAUUUCUGAGUGAACAUGGAGGGAGUUCAAAUGCUUUUACCAGUGGAGAACACACCAACUAUUAUUUUGAUGUUUCACAUGAACACUUAGAAGGUGCUCUUGAUAGGUUUGCCCAAUUCUUCUUGUGCCCUCUCUUUGACGAAAGCUGCAAAGAUAGAGAAGUAAAUGCUGUUGAUUCUGAGCAUGAGAAGAAUUUAAUGAAUGAUUCAUGGAGACUAUUUCAGCUCGAAAAGGCUACUGGAAAUCCUAAUCAUCCAUUUAGCAAAUUUGGCACAGGUAAUUAAGAAAGCAAUUUUACAUUAUUUGGUCUAUUUCACUAUGAUGAUAUGAUUCCUCAUGUUUCUAAACAUUCAGUUUUCAUGCAAAUAAAAAUAUGUGGCAUAUGUUGUAGAAUCUUACUGAUGAUGCAGCCUUUAGAAUUAUGGUAAUUACAUUUUUUU